AAACGAAAAAGUACACUCACACUCAAGAAAUUGGCUAGGAUUUAACAGUAGGAAAAUAGCCACUUUUUCUGAGUUUGAGUGCGCUUUUUUCUUUCAUACUUGUUUGUUGACAUGUAUUUCUCAUUUCCUCGAUCGAGUCGUAGUAGUCUUUAGUCCAUGUGUGACAAUAUUUUCGUCUUCUUAAUGGAUGUCUUGCUUCGGCAAUUUCGGUCUGUUCUUCCCAUGAAGUGCAUCAUUUUCAAAGAUGCUUUAUUCUCUGGUCUCUAAUACGCGGUAUCCUCUUUGGCCCGAUGACGCUUUGUACCGGCAGCACAAUCGCAGCGUACACGUACAUACAUUUGAUGAAAACUGGUGGGGCAGAGUUCGUGCUUGAGCAAACGGGCUUGGUGGGUUCCUCUUCUCUCGAAACCGCGGCAAAAUAUGGCGAGAGAUACGGUAUGCUCGGAUUGUUCGCCAUUCAGGUUUCUCCGGUCCCGGUGCCGACGGCUAUCCUCGUGGUCACAGGCAUGCUGUCUGGGGUAGAGGAGUGGGAGAUCUAUGCCAUCGUCUCGUUUGCGAAGUACUUGCAGUUGGUAUUCGGCGCACUCGUCUUGCAGUACACGGUCCUAUACGACAGCGAAACCGGGGAAAAGAAGAAAAUUGAGGCUGUCAUUGACGAAUACGUUUUUGGAGGAGGGAAGAAAAAAGAGGAGGAAAAAACUUCCUCAUCUACUACAGAAAUGACGGCAAAGAAACAAAAAAAGCGCGCAUGAAACACCCAUGGUCGUCACACCAUCAGGCUCGACAUGAUCAAGGUACUCCCAUUUCUCACUUUCACCUUGGCGGGCCUCAGGAUAAUCAUGAUUACACGUGUAUGAGAUAUCAGCAUGGUUUUGCCGCGUCGCUUACGAUGCUCACCAUGAAAAGCAUCUUACUGUUAGUACCCCUCCCGCAAGCAUACAACCGUUUACAGUAUCCCCAAUGUGGAAAGUUGUCUUUUCCAAGAAAGUUCAGAU